UUUUUUUUUUUACUUCGCUUCCAUGACAACACUGAAUGUCAAAGCUUUACGUAUUGAAGAAAAGGUGAUAUUACGUGAAAUAUUCUCUUCUGAUGAUCCUGAAGCCAUGAAUAUGGUGGCAGCUGUGUUAUCUCUCACCAACGAAGAUCAAGAAGACGAAGCUGAUGUUCCUACCUUGAACAAGACUUCUGAUACUCUUAGUGAAGACGAAAGCGAUCAUGACGACGAUUGGAGCGACGAUGAAUAUGCAGUGAUUAAAGCCUACUAUGAAAACGAAGAUGAAGACGAUUUGAUACACUUAUCAGGAAAUGUAGGUUUUUCUCUCCUUUUUCAAGACGAACAUGAACUCGAUGGACGUAGUAUUAACAACAACAAUGAUAAUAAUAAUAGUAUGGAAAAUAGAACGACAUUACCUUCCGUUGGAUCUUCUAUUGAAGAAGAAGAAGAAGAAAUCGACGAAUUGGAUGACGAUGAUGACGACAAUGAUGAUGAUUAUCAUGAUAAUGAUCGUAAUGAAGAAGAAGAUGAUGAUGAUCAAGAACAACAACGACAACGAAGACGUCGACAUGAUGUACAGUAUUCAUUCUCUUCAAGGUAUAAGCAGCAACAAGUAAUGAAUGAUGAUGAUCAAAAGCGACGAACUUCAAGUUUAGAAUCGUUACCAAGGAAAAGAACUCGAAGAUCUGCAACAACUGUAGUCACUGUAUGAUACUCUUGCUUUUUUUUUACCCGCCUUUUUGUAUAUAGUUUAGUUUUUAUGUGUCAAUUUAUUGAAAUAAACCGUACAUCUUUUAUUAUAA